AUGGAGCCCUUUCCACCUGAUCCGUCAGAGUUCAAGGCCUUUCUGGGCCCGCAAGUCCAAAUUAAUGAACUACCAAACCGGAGUGGUGGGCCUUCAAUCUCGAAUCUUCGCCGUGCCAAUACCGUAGCCCAAGUUGGCAAUGUCAAGCGGAACCUAGAAUUGAAGGCAGCGCAUGAGAGAACUGGAAUAAACGCCAAGGAUAGCCAUGAGCUCCUACGACAGAACAACUUACAGCGGUCCCAAACACAUCGUGGCCCGCUAGAGGCGCGAUCACCCGGGAGGAAGGCCGGUCAUUUCACCGUAAGAAGUGUCGGCCAGAAUGGCAAAAUAUUUCUCAGGCCGAUUGCCAAUCUGUCCCAGAAAAGCCCACAUCCUGCAUCCUUCUCUCCAGUCGAUACUGCGAAACCCAGUCUUCUUCAGCCGCAGACUAAUGCGCAUGCCCGCGGGAAUGCAGAUCCAUCCAGGUGGUCGAGCUCGCAGCUCUCUGAGUUACGUCCACGCGAACAGCCCGAAGUUCCCGAGUCCGUCCUCUCCACGUCUCCUCCCCCCGAACUCUCCAGCCAGCAUCGCACGAGACCGAUCUCAUUUUCGACAAUAUCUGAACAGCAAUCGAUAGCCGGUGCUGGGAAGCGUGGGGAGCUGCGGAUCGUGAUUGACAGAUCUGAAGACCGGCCCAAGUCUGCACACGAGAAUUCGACACCAGCCUUGGAGGUUCCUGCUCCGCGGUAUCAGCUCGGGACGCCGCGAUUCAAUGCCGAAGGUAGUUUAAUGAUGCAGAGCUCUGUAUACACGCGAACAUCGAUGUCCGACAACUUUCGGAAUUCAACACUGCUUGGGGGCAUGGCAGACGCUCUGCCGGGGCCGGGACUCCAUAGUCCAUAUCCCCGAGACUCUUUCUCACGGCAUCGGCCAUCUUUUGCGAUUUCGAUGUUCUCGGGCACCGCGGCUGCUAUGGAUAUGAACCGAGCUUCCGCUGCAAGGAAUUCCAUGGUCUAUGAAUUGAAGGAGCCGGUUGAGCCAUCCAUCUAUGAAACGUUGGUGUAUGAUAUGGAUGAUGGAUCUGUUGUCCGAUACAUUACUGGGACAAAGGAUAUCAGCGCUGCCACGCCUGCCCGAAUCGUUGCGCAAAUCUCUUCCGAGUCAUUUAUGGACUAUGAGCUAGUAUCGGACUUCUUCCUUACCUUCCGUUCAUACCUAUCCACAACACAUCUUUUGGCUCUUCUUCUUGCGCGCUUAAAGUGGGCAAUCAAUCGGUUACAAGAUGACGGACGCAUUAUCAGGAUCCGUACAUUCGCGGCUUUGCGACAUUGGAUUCUCAAUUACUUCGUCGAUGACUUUCUUACGAAUUACGACCUUCGGACCAAUUUCUGCGAGACUAUAAACAAGCUAUAUUUAGAGGUCAAAUCUCGACAAAAUGGUGGCACGAGUGAUCGAAAGAUUCUCAUUGACUUGAAGCGUUGCUGGAAUGGCAAGUGUUCGCUUUAUUGGUCUUCCCCCGAAUUGUCUCGCGCCUAUAACGACCCGGAAAUUCCAAUUAUACCUGGAGAUGUUCAGAUUGAGUUGCCUAAAGCCGAGGAACUCCAGCGAAACGUGCCUGUUCAUGGCAUGACACCCCGUGCAGAUACCACCUUUCGUGAGAGUCUUCCUUUCCCCAUACAACAUGAUCGAAAUGAUUCCGCAGCAACUGCACAGAGCAUUCCAUUCUCUGCCAAAAGCGAACAAAGCUUGAUGGCACUUUCGUGUUCAUUACCGCCUAAAUCACCCAAGCGUCUAUCCCUGUGUGCCUCGAAAAACAAGGGCCCGCGCCCUGUGGUAUUGGGCCCCACAAAAUCCAAGUCUCCGUCCAGGGCCCGUGAGCCACCUAGCUCGCCUGUAUCUCCCAAGGUCUCGCGGUACCCAUACAACGGCCAUAGCCAUAAAAGAAGCGGGAGCUUCUCGGACUCGGUGCGAGAUGAUCGGCUGCCGAUGUUUACGAUGGAGCCCGAAACAGGACCCGCGCCGCAGGAGAUACUUGAUCCGGUCAGUUUAAUACGUGGAGAGUUGUACCCACCUGCAGAGUCUUAUAUGACGAUGAUGGCGCCGGAAUCACCACCCCUUCCUCCGCCGUCGAAGAACCCAAAUCCGGAUCGUCGGAGUACACCCGAUGUGCCCAAGCCGUCACCUAACUCGGGUAUGAGAACAAUCAUUGGUUCGAUCAAACGAGCAUUGCACACAAGGAAUGGUGGACAAAGCGUCUCUGCUCGCAUUGCGAAUGCCCACGAGGCCAUUCCACUGCCUUCCCGCGGGAAGACAUCCGCAAUGCCAACUGGACUGGCUUUCGGGUCUGAGUUCUACCGGGAGAGGAAGUUGGCUGCUAUUCCCAAACAUCCAGGCCGGAUUGAUGUACUGUGUGAUGAGGUCCUCAAACAAUACCGCUUGGCUAUGAGCAGGGGAGGAAUGAAGGACCAAACUCAGCCACCAGUUGCGUCUGACUGUCAUCAAGCCACGCCGCAGGAGCCUGCAUCAAACACUUUUAAUCUCCUACCGACGCACACUACCAGUUCCGACCCCAAACUCAGAAGCGGUAUCACUAUGGGCAGCGAAUCGAUUAUAAUUGUCGAUGACACCGGUUUCGAAAUGCCUUCCAUGUCAGGGGCGACACAGAAACCAACGCCGAUUGCUGAUGAUUAUACUCAUGAAAUGCCGGAACUCGAGGUGCCCGAUGACGCCUCAACGCAAUCGAUACCCGUGGAAGGAGAAUAUCUUCGGCCAGUCUGUUACAACGCCGAUGAAUCAGAAUCAGCUGCUCAGUCAAACGUAUUCUACCCCCUUCGCCCUCUCACGCCGCAGAGAUCGUCAUUGGUCGAACGUGGGUCGACGCCUGUAAACAAGAAGAAGAAUUCGCUGUCUCUCCGACUCAGAAAGUACGCGUCCUUCCAAAGCGGGAUCUCGAGGCAGCGAUUUUCGAUGAGCAGCGAGACAGCUCAAUCCACUGUUGACCCUAAUAUGGUGCAAGAUCAGAACAACAAACAGUCACCGCCGGUUCUUCGCAGGCGCCGAGGUGGAAACCUGCGUGAAAUGCAGAGUGGGGGUGAGACCGAACCUCCUUCCUGCCGUAACUCGUUUGCAUCUUGGGAUGAAUCAGUUGUGGACGAAACUGUCCCUUCUGAAGGCGGCGCCUCAAGACCUCCUUCAACAUUGAUCCCUCCAAAUCCCAGGUACUCGCUUAUCCAGCCGCGAACCUCCCGGCAGAUUAGGCGUUCCUUUGAGUCGGUCAUUGCGAAGUUUGCACAGAUUCCUGAUGAUGACGACGGUGGUAUUGAGUCAACGCUGCUGAAGCUGGAGGGAAAGUGGGAUGGACCGUCCAGCGCCGACCGCGACUCUUCGUCUGCACAAGCAGAGGGGUCUCAGUCUCACCGAGAGCUGUCUUUGGUUCCUCAUGGUCUUGAAACGGCUAGGCCUGGGUGGGAUGUUCUCUCUCGCAGGCGGCAGACGGAUAAGUCCUCGUACUCCACUGUUGGGGGUCGAUUGGCGCCACCUAGGCCUUAUUCUGAUUCUGUUACCGAAUCCGAAGAUUCUUAUAACUCUAUUCCGCUUCUUGAAAGAGGAUUGGCCGACGAGUCCAUGAAAUGGCACCCUACAACUACAAGCCAGCCACUCCAAUAUGACUCGCACGGUACUCCGCUCACCGUCGUAUCAAGCCAUGAAACUUCAGAGCUUGCCUCAUCACACCCCUCAAUUCAAAUUGUGCACAAAACUGACAGCAUGCGUCGCAUUCCUCGUGGCGCCACUAUCCCGACCACGACUACUCAUAUCGCUGGUCAAGUCACUCCGAAGCGCUUCUCAGCUUUGUCUUCUGAGAUGUCGCUCGACCUGAUUGAUCGGCAUGAAGCUAUGGAUGCGCGGAUUUCGACUGACGCGCGCAGCCUCAAUUCAUCAACUGUUGAGAUCGCGCCUCAUCCUCUAGCGCAGCCCCCCUCCCCGCCGAUGACUAUCCAACAUCCGGGAUCUUUCACCUCCUAUCCUUCGCCGUUAAAUACAGUUUUGUUCCAGGCACAGCCCCUUACGCCCGACACAUCUCCACGACACAAAGAAGUGGGCAUCUCUGCUUCCCGUCCUCUAAACAUACAGCAGGUUUCGAGCGACGUGUUGUUCAAUUCAGAAAACAAUCAUCCCUACCAGAAACCCAUUAUCAACCUCUUACCCGACCAUGUUCCAUUUAUCCUAGCAUGUGAAUCCCAGGUCCUCGCACACCAACUGACAUUAAUCGAAAUGGCCGCCCUGAGUGAGGUUGACUGGCGAGACCUAGUCGAGAUGAAAUGGAGUAGCGCCUGCCCAUUAGUCACAAACUGGGUCCAGUUCCUGACACACGAGGAACGGAAGGGUAUCGACUUGGUCGUUGGCCGUUUCAACCUUAUGGUCAAAUGGAUACUGUCAGAGAUUGUCUUGACCCGCGAUAUCAACGAGCGGGCCCGCACAAUUAUCAAGUACAUCCACACAGCUGCGCAUGCACGCCGCAUCUGCAAUUACGCCACAAUGCUCCAGAUCGCCAUUGCUCUGUCAUCGUCUGAUUGUUCCCGGCUGCAGAGUACGUGGCAGUUGAUUUCGAUUGAGGAUAAGCGGUUGUUCAAGGAUAUGGAGUGCCUCAUCCAGCCGGUGCGCAAUUUCCACGAUUUGCGUGUCGAGAUGGAAACGGCCAGCUUGCAGGAAGGAUGUAUUCCCUUUAUCGGCCUAUACGUCCAUGAUCUCACUUAUAAUGCACAGAAACCGGCGCAAGUCAACAGCACUAACGGCGGUCUACUUGUCAACUUCGAGCGCUAUCGCACCGCAGCACGAAUCGUUAAGAGCCUCCUCCGUCUCAUCGACGCCAGUACGAAAUAUAAGUUCGAGCCUGUGCAGGGCAUCAUUGAACGGUGCUUGUGGAUUGCUUGUCUUCCCGAAGAUGAAAUCCAAUCCCGCAGCAGAGCACUUGAAUAA